AUGGAACAUGUUUACUCUGUGAAGUUGGCCCAGGCUCUCGGCAUCCAGACAUCGGCUGCUACAAGUAACAUGGGCGGCGGCAGUGGGUCUCCUCCUCUCUCGGUUCUGGACUUGGUUCCCAACGAGUAUCACAAUCAACUGCGACUAGUAGACUGGUCCUAUAAUGGUUUAAUUGCUGUUGCAGCCAACGUGGCUGCAGGUGGCGGGACUGGCUGUUCCAAUGGUUUCGAGAGAGCUGCUAAACAAAAUCAACAGCCUGUAAUCACAAUUUUCGAUUGCAAUGAGCCUCAAGCCGUCGCAGUUUGUUCACCCCUAGACUGUUCUGUGAGAAGGGGUGCGGAAGAUGAGCGACGUGGGGCAGGGGGAGGAGCUAAUGAGAACGAGGAGGGGCAUCAAAAUGGAAAACAGCACAAAGAGAGUGGCGAUAGUAGUGGAAGUAGCGUGAACAACUUGCAUUCUCUUCUGCCCUCCAGUGGCUGGUUGAUGACAGUGCCCAUGUUCUACACUCACCUCUGCUGGCAUCCACAUCACAAACAGUUGCUGGCGGCCGUUCAGAAUGACUGCACGCUACACAUCUGGACCAAUCUCAGCUCCACUUUCACCAACGACUUCCAACUCUUCCUGUCAGUUGACUGGGGCCUGCAGGCCAGACUGUCCCCCCAGAGAACAAGGAGAGGAGGAGGCAGACACAGUUUGAUGCCUGUGGCUGUGUGCUGGGUUAAUUGUGAAUUCCAGCACGUCUUCUUCACUCCUGGUCAAAGUCACAGUCAUGAAACAAAAGAGGAUGACGAGACUACAGCGGAUGUGAAAAUGGAGCAAGAAUUUGUUGCAGCUUCAGCUUCAAGGGAUUUGAAAGCAACCAAGAAGCUCAGCUUGUUUAAGCAAACCUCGGAUAACGAUUUUUCGGACCUGCAUGAAUCUUGUUACAACCUUUGUUUAUGUAUUGUUACUUCAAACGGCCGCCUACUAGCUGUAGUUCUGAACGCAAGUGGAGAUUUCGUGCAGGAAGAUUGCAAUAUUCUAACAACUGGGGAUUCAACAGUUGCUCCUGUGAAGACAGACUCCUGGUUCCAAGCACCCAAUAAAGAGUCUCAAAUUGAGUCGGAGAAUUUUGUGAUCAAAGAUGCCAAGUUUCAUUGGGAUGAUGAAGGAAGAUACGUGAGCUAUGUCACGUCCAGAAAAGAAUUAAGGAUGGCCAAAUAUGAAUUUCAGCUGCUAGACACUAACUUCAGCGAAAAUGGCGAACGCUUGCACAUUGAAGUUCAAAUUUUGAGAAGCUACGAUUUAUCCAGUUUCAAUAUCAGGGUAGAGCAAGUGGUCCAGUCGUCUCUGAAACAGACAACGUGCUUAGUUGAAUCAAACGACAAGUUUAUCAAAUCGGGCAGAAAACGAAAACGGUCAACAAGUGACAAAGAGUUUGCGGAUGAAACGAGCGACGAAGAAACUGAGUUACCAGAUAGCAAAGUUAAAACUGAAAUUGAAUUGCAGAGGAGCGAAAUAAGCAAGUGUCCAGGUGUGCUUAAAAGACGGCGACUUGUCAAUUUCGAUUACGUGGCUACUGAAGUUAAAACAGAGGCCAUAAAAGUUUCUGUCCUUGUGGAAAACGAAAAUACCGAUUCAUUUGAGGAUAACAAAGUAAAAAUCGAACCUCAACUUGAAGCAAACGAAAGUUUAGUUGACGAAAAAUCUUUAUUAGAUAGUGACGUAGUUUCUGCAAUUGAAGAGCCAUUAAUAGAUUCAUCUAAUUAUGAAUAUAAAUUGGGAAAAUAUUCACAACUUGUAUCACCUUCGGGAAUACUUCUGAGCCCGAGACACUUUUAUGAUCCGUACUUACACGCAGCCAACGAAAAACACAUAAUUUUGUUUGACUCGGCAAAAGGAAUGCAUGUUUUUGAUAGCGUUGAUUUGAGUGCAAUUGACUGUGAUAACAAUAAUGAUGGGAGAGGAAAAGAGUCGAAGCGGAUGAAGAAAGUGGAUGCCAGAUUUGCCUGUUUGUCCCCCUUAGCACUGGCAGUAGCUGCAUUCAACCCAGGAAGUCUGUCUGUGGACAUUUCUAUUCUGCCCCAGUCUCUUCUAGCCAUGAAAGGGAAGAGAGGAGAAGGAGCAGAGAUGGUAGGCGGCAGAGCCAGUGUAGAAGACACUGCUGCCGCCCUCAUAAGGUCUGCUCUCUGUACUGGAAAAGACACUUGGGAUCUGAUGCUGACCUUGAAGUCCAAAUGGUACCACUCAACUGAAAUUGUGAAAGAGUUUGUGAGCAGUCUUCUUAUCAAAAAGUGGAAUGAGGGAAAGAAAUACGAAAAGCUGUUGUCGAUGUGUGCCGUGUUGUCAACGAGGGCGGCGAACGAAACAAUGGGACUGUCUGUCAUCUCCUUCGGACUGAACAUGGAGCUGAAGCUGCUCAGAAUUCACGCGUUUUACAAUCUCAUCUUCAAGUCAGUAGAGACGAAAGAGUGGCAGAAGCUUAAACAUUACAUGGCACAACCGGAACCAGAUUUAAACGACGCCAUCAUCGCCUCAGAGUUGGAAGCGUUUCUGCUGAAAGAAUCAGAGUUUAUGUUGAUGCUGCCUAUAAUACAAGCUGUGUAUGAUUCAGUACUGUUGGUUUUCAAAUUGAUUUGCGAUGGCAAACACGCUUAUUUAUUGAAUCUAGAGAAAGUUUUGACACUUGUGAAGAAGUUGCUGUUGCUGCAGACCCUGUGGAUUAGCCAAUCUGGCAUUCGAGUGAAGCAUCAGCCGGUGUUUGAGAAAUACGUGCAGUCAAUUGACCUGAAAAGGUUCUUCGCUUUAAGCUGUGAAGCUUUGGUCACAGCUGAGAAGGAAAGAAAGAGAAAAGAAACACAUGCACAUGUCAAUGAAGAGUGGACGGAGGUGAUGAAGAAAGUGGCCAACUUGCUCAGACUGUUCCGACAUGUCAACUUCGAGUCAUCCAAUUGUGCGUCUGGAGUUUUUGCCUUAUAUGGUAGAAACAGUAAGCAGUGUGGCAAACGACAGGGGCUGAGAGCGAAGAAGCAGUUCAGAUGGCCGCUUUGGGAAGCCAUCUGGAGUGAAAGGUGUCAAUGUGGGGGUAACUGGAGACGAGUGGUGAUGGGGUCUGCAGACAGUGUCCGCGGUAGGUCCUCUGGGGCAAACACUCUAGGCGCAGGAGGAGGAGGAGGAGGAGGCAUUAAGGCCGGCAAUGGAAACGUUGCUACUCCUCAAAGUGAAGCCAACAAGUGAAGCAAUUUGCAAUUGAUGACUUAUUGCUAUUCUUCUGAAGAUGACAACUGGCGCUGUUACAAAGAGAAUCUCAGAUAAUAUGAACGUGCAAUUGUAAAAAUAUUAAUAACAGGGAGAAGAUGUAUGUUCUGUUAAAUUUUAGCUCAAAAAACUCUGUUGUCAUUUCCGAUCAAAUUUAUGUGAUGUUAUUGCCGUAGAUUAAUUCAUUUAAUUUAUUGUUCUCCAUUGAAA